AUUGAAAGCCAGGCUACGUAAAAUCAGUUCACUCAUGCCCAUCAGCUCUUGCGACCUGCAUCCCCGAAGAAGAGCAAAAUGGCCCCGGUUUCAAUCAGACGCGUUCUAAUCAGUGAAAGUGUUGAUCCGAGCUGCAAGACGAUUCUGCAAGAAAACGGAAUUGAAGUGACGGAAAGACAAAAUAUGAGCAAAGAUGAGCUGAUUGCUCAGAUUAAGGACUACGACGGCCUCAUAGUUCGAUCAGCGACCAAAGUUACUGCUGACGUCAUCGGCGCUGCCAGUAGUCUGAGGGUGAUUGGCCGAGCCGGGACUGGAGUGGACAACGUCGACGUGGAUGUGGCAACUAAGAAGGGCAUAAUAGUCAUGAACACACCAAGUGGCAAUACCAUCAGUGCUGCUGAACUGACCUGUACACUGUUAAUGAGUUUAUCAAGACAUGUUCUACAAGCUGCUAUAUCAAUGAAAGCAGAAAACUGGGAUCGUAAAAAGUUCAUGGGUGCAGAGCUUUAUGGAAAAACACUUGGAAUAGUUGGGCUUGGAAGAAUUGGAAAAGAGGUAGCCACCAGAAUGCAGUCCUUUGGCAUGAGGACCAUUGGUUAUGACCCCAUUACCCCUCCAGAAGUAUCUGCCAGCUGGGGGGUGGAACAGAUGUCUCUGGAGGAACUCUGGCCCCAGUGUGAUUAUAUCACAGUGCACACGCCUCUCAUGCCCUCCACUACAGGAUUACUGAAUGAUGUCUCCUUUGCUAAAUGUAAGCGAGGGGUAAAGGUGGUGAACUGUGCCCGUGGAGGUAUCAUUGAUGAAGCUGCUUUAUUAAGAGCUCUGGAGUCUGGCCAGUGUGGAGGAGCAGGCCUGGAUGUGUUUGUGGAGGAGCCUCCAAGAAACUGGGCCCUGGUGAAGCACCCUAAUGUGAUCAGCUGCCCUCAUUUGGGAGCUAGCACAAAGGAAGCCCAGGCUCGCUGUGGCCAGGACAUUGCAUUGCAGAUCGUGGACAUGGUCAAAGGCAAAGCGUUAGUGGGCGCUGUAAAUGCCCAGGUGCUGGCCAGUACCUUUACCUCUGAUUCACAGCAGUGGGUCAGGUUAGGUGAGGCCAUGGGCAGAGUACUAAAGGCCUGCAGCUCCUCUAAACAACCCUAUGCUCAUGUUCACAUCACAACUCAAGGAGAUUGUUUAAAGAAAUCAGCUGGGUUCCUGAGUUCAGCAGCUGUAGUUGGGCUGCUGUCUGAAGGAACUGAGAAUGGCCCUAACUUGGUGAAUGCACUGCCUCUAGCUGAAGAGACAGGGAUUACAAUAAAAAAGAGUCACAGUGAUGUGAAUGAAGCUAAUGGGACCUGUAUGGUGGAGGUGUCUGUAAAUGGCAGCAUCUAUACAGCCUUAGGUUCUGUGAGGGCAGAGGUACCUAUCCUGCUGGAGCUGAAUGGUAGUGUGUUCCGACAGCCAAUCCCUCUCUUUGGAAACCUGCUUUUCUUCAAGGCAGCUGGAUCACCACAGCUCCUGCCCUCUGUUGCCAGCAUUCUGGCAGCAGCUGCUGUAGAGAUGGACUACUUUAGUGCCUCUACUGCCUCUGAAGGUGAUCAGUGGUACUGUAUGGGGAUACAGUCUCUGUUGGGAGACCUUGGUUCUUUGAAGCCCUUGGUGAAAGAAGCUGCACAACUCACUGUAUAAAAUCCCUGCUAACUGAAAAUGGUUGGGAAUUCCGUAGCAUUCCAGUGCCUAACAGUGUUGCGUAACAUCACUCUAAACUAGCGCAAACAUACUGUUACUGCAAUAUCAAAUUUACUAUGAAGAACCUUAAACACUAGCUUUGGUCUGUAUAGUGCUAAUAUGGUAAAUGUAGUAUGUGCUAAAAAGUGCUAAUAAACACUAAAAAAAAAGAAA